GUACAUAUAACAGCCAGUACAUGGUGGUGGACCUGAGCAGAGUUUCUCUGCGUCACAGCAUCAAGAACGGAGCUCUGACUGUUGUAGAGCAGAUUCCUGGGAAGGUGAUGCACUCUGAUCAGACUCAGGCUUUACGAAGAGGUUACUGGCCGUCAUAUAACAUCCCAUUUCACGUUGAAAUCUACAACCUGAGUGGGUACAGUGUGAUGUGGAAGAGAUAUGGAGAAGACUUCUCCUACGAUCUCUGUCCUCGAGCUAAAAUCCUCCGCAGGGACCAGGCCAAGGUGUCUGACCUCAGCUCUCUCAAACUCCUGAUGAGAUACAACAAUUACAAGAGAGACCCGUACUCCAAGGGCCAUCCCUGUAAAACCAUCUGUUGCCGUAACGACCUAAGGCCAAGGAGACCACGACCAGGAGGCUGCUAUGACACGAAGGUGACAGACUACCAGAUGGCUCUCCAGCUGGUCGCUGAGGCAAUAAAUGGCCCCACGACGCAGGGGGGCCUGCGUCCGUUCUCGUGGCGAUCCUUCAACCUCACGACUCAUCAGGGUCUCCCACACACCUACAGCUUUCCCUUCGUCACCAUGAGGCCCACACUGUGUCAGCCCUGA